UCUCAAACUUUUUCCAUUGAAACAAGAAGGGAAAGGAAGAGAAUAUAUAGGGAGAGUGGAAACACACAUUCGGCAGCUCUGUCUUGUACUGAUCUAGUCUAGUCUAGCAAAGGGAAGAGAGAAUGUCUGCCUUGUCUUGCCAGGCGAUCUCCUUGCGUCUGCCUCUGGCGAGGUGCGAAUUAGAAGGCAGCAGGCAGCAGAGAAAGAUGGGCAGUACUAGUGUGAAGGUGAAGGGCGUGAAGUCGGCCACCUCUGCAACAUCUUCUUCGUCUUCUGCAGUGAGGGUUGAUCGUGAGCAGCAGCAGCAGCAGCAGCAGGGAGUGGCGGUGGCGGCGGAGGAGGAGAAGAGGCAGAACAUACCGAGGGAGAAGAAGUGGGUGGACAGGCACAGGCAAGGGCUGAUGAUUGAGAAUGGUGUUGCCUACAGGCAGACUGUGGUGGUCAGGUCGUAUGAAGUCGGCCCUGACAAGACCGCCACGCUUGACAGCAUCCUUAAUCUCCUUCAGGAAACGGCGCUGAAUCAUGUGUGGAUGUCGGGAUUGCUGGGGAAUGGGUUUGGUGCAACGCAUGGAAUGGUAAGGAACAACCUCAUCUGGGUCGUCUCCAGAAUGCAAGUUCAGGUCGACAAUUACCCCAUCUGGGGAGAGGUAUUGGACAUAGAGACGUGGGUGGGAGCGUCAGGCAAGAACGGGAUGCGGCGGGACUGGCUCAUCCGCAGCCAAGCCACCGGCCACGUCUUUGCCCGCGCCACCAGCACGUGGGUGAUGAUGAACGAGAAGACGAGGCGGCUGUCCAAGAUGCCCGAGGAGGUGAGGCAAGAGAUCUCGCCCUGGUUCAUCCACAAGCAAGCCAUACCCCUACCACUUCACGACGCCAAAAUCCUCAAGCUCGACACCACUGCCAAAUAUCGAAACACCGACUUGAAGCCAAGGAGGAGCGACUUGGACAUGAACCACCAUGUCAACAAUGUCAAAUACGUCAACUGGAUGCUCGAGGCGAUCCCCGACCAGUUCCUGGAGUCCCGGCAGCUGUCGGGGAUCAUACUGGAGUACAGGAGGGAAUGCGGGAGGUCGGACACGGUGGAGUCGCUGUGCCAUCCCGACCAAGACCAAGACGGAGACGAAGACGAGAUCAACCUCCACCUUCACAAUGCCUUCAACGGCAGCAACAACAACAACAUCGGCAUCUUGAACGGCUUCUCUCUGCUGCCUUCCUUGGACUUGGACUUGGACUUGGACACCACCACCUCCUACACCCAUUUGCUGCGGGCCCACAAACUAGGAGGCGAGGAGAUCGUCAGGGGGAAGACCGUGUGGAAGAAGCGCCUCCACCUUCCACUCUCACACUGACUCACUCAUCCAUAUAUUUAUAUAUACAAAAGUAGCUAGGAGGAUUCCAAGUUUCAUAUACAUAUUAUAUACAAGGAAUUGAAUAUCCAGAGAUCCAGCUCGUAUCACCAACUGGAUCCGUUGUAAUGGAUAUAUAUAUAUGUGAUCAUGUCACAUGGGAAAAGAUCACUAUUUUGUUCCCUUUGGUUGCUUGGGGGGAAAAAAGUG